AUGGCGAAGCCGCAGGGCGCCAUUCGGCAAAAGCGCAAAUCCCGGGGCCGCGGGCUCCGUGCGACCACUGGUUGUCUGAUCUGCAAGAGGCGACAUGUCAAAUGCGACGAAGUACAACCACAAUGCGGCCCCUGUGCCAAAGGCCAGCGCCCCUGUGUGUAUGCACCUCGGGAAUCACCUUACAGUCGUGCUACAACAGCAGAGGCACCAGUGCUGCAAGCUCCGGUUGAAGCGGCAGGCUUAGAGCAAAUGAAUGGCCGAAGUUCCGUCCAUCGGCCUCUUCAAAUUUUGGUCGAUGCGUGUGAUAAGGAACAGCCCAUACAGCAAGAGAGCCCACUACUGGGAUCACGGGCCGCUACCAGCACGAUCGCGUCUGAAAAUCCUGGGUCGGCAAGUGCCAUUGUCUCAACAGCAAGGUCGCCAUAUAACUAUGUUCCAUCACCGGGAACAGAAAGCUCUUAUUCAUCACGAGCUGCGCCCCUGAGUUGGUUUGAACUCUUAGCUACGGACGCUGCAAAUGCGGACGACAGGUUUUUAUUGUCUCCACCUGAGCAAUUCGCUCGGCACAGAUCCCAAACACAUGUUGAUACUGGAGAGGAUCCUCAAAAUAGCUCCAAUUUGCAGCCUCGAACGCUUCGAGAGAGCCAAAGCUUCAACGCGGCGGCAUUUCCACAGGAUCCGGAAAUCGCACGACGACUAGCUUCGCAACCACCGGAGGUAGAACCGGCAAUCUCUAGUGCGCCAAAACCGUGGAGUCCAGGGGGUUUGAUCGAAUUGUCACCCCUGGAACAUUAUUUAUUCCAACAUUUUGUACGUGUUGCAAGCAAAUGGUUGGACUUUUUUGAUCCGGAGAGUCAUUUUGCUUCUACAGUCCCGCAUCUAGCUCUCCGAAAUGCUGGACUGAUGAGAGCCUUGUUGGCCCUGUCUGCACGCAACCGCUCACUGCAGGAAUUUCAGUCGGAAGGUUUAGGUCGUGCCUUUGUGGAGGAGAAAACCAUCGACCGCAACCUCGCUGUCCAGUAUUACUACGAAUCCCUUCAUUACUUGAACAAAGCCAUGCAAAUCUCUUCUUACGCUCGCAGUCAUGAAUUGAUCGCCACCGCUCUGCUUAUCAGUACCUACGAAAUGAUCGAUGGAUCAAAUCAGGACUGGGAAAGACACUUGAAAGGUGUGUUCUGGAUCCAGCGGUUCCAAGAUAAUGACGGUGAAUCAGGAGGGCUCCGAUCAGCCGUCUGGUGGGCUUGGCUUCGACAGGAUGUCUGGGUUGCCAUGCGCGAGCGACGUCGGAUUUUCAGCUUCUGGAGCCCCAAGAAGCCAGUGUCAGUACUCACUGCCUCUGAACUUGCAUGCCGAGCAUACUAUCUGCUCGGACAAUGCGUCAACUAUGCUUCAAAAGAAGAGGAAAGGGCUUCAGACUUGGAGCGCCGCUUGGAACGCGGGAGUGAGCUGCUUUACAUGCUGCAGGAAUGGCAUGAUCAUCUGCCCCCCGAAUACAGUCCACUCCCCGUCAUCUCCACCACCGAAACAUUCCCUCCAAUCUGGGUUCACCCGGCGCCUUAUGCAGGAGCGUUGCAAAUUCACAGUCUUGCCCGAAUUCUGGUAGUCCUUCACAGGCCAUCUUCGGGAGGGCUCGACGAUUUUAGGGCGGCACAAAAGCUUUUAACGAUGUCUGUCAACACCAUAUGCGGAAUCGCGAGAUCAGUGGAUGCCCAGGAUCAUGCAGCAAACAUCGUUUCUUUGCAUACUCUUUUUGGAGCUGGAAUGUGUGUUUACACUCCACAUGAACGCCUGGCCCUCCUUGAGCUUCUCGACGCUUGUCAGUGCAGAGUUAGUUGGCCUUUGUUAUCCCUGAGAAAGGAACUCGAGUUUGAAUAUGGGAAAGACUCAGGCAAUGAUCUAAUGAGAUGA